AUGCCCCGUUUAGAAGAAUCGGAAAUCAAGAAAUAUUGGCAAAUUUUCCAAGGCUUAAAACCAGAAAACAACAAAGUUAGUGGUGAACAAGUCUCGCCGGUGUUGAAAAACUCCAGGUUGCCACAACAACAACUUGCUUCUGUAUGGACCCUAAGUGAUAUCGAUAAUGACGGGAAAUUGGACUUUGAAGAGUUUUGUAUCACUAUGCGCUUGAUCUUUGAUUUGAUCAAUGGAUCUAUCUCAGAAGUACCUCUGCAAUUGCCGCUGUGGUUGAUUCCUUCCUCCAAAGCAGCUUUGAUCCAAGCCAACCAAGCUGUCAAUCUGGGGAGAAAUUUGGGAAUCGAUUACGACGAUGAUGAUGAUGGGCUUACUGACGAUUUCGAUUGGUAUAUAUCACCUGCCGAUAAAUCAACUUAUGAAACAAUAUACCAACUGAAGAAUGACCGAUUUGGCAGAAUAAGAUUUGACUCAUUGGAAUCAUUGUAUGCAACUUUGCGCAAUGUCCCAAAGAGCGAAAUCUCAUCGGCUUGGAAUUUGGUAAAUCCCAAAUCUUUUGAAACUAUUGAUAAAGACCAAACUAUAGUCUUUUUGCACAUCUUGAACCAAAGAGAAAAUGGUAAAAGAAUCCCACGCGGUGUUCCUGCAUCAUUAAGAGCCACAUUUUCCAAAGAGAUUCCAAAUUACAAUCUUGAUGCUCAAGUUAAACCACAACAUACUACACAAACCCAAGCUUCAAAAAGAUCCUUUGCCGAAGACUACUUGACUAAAUUGGGCCACAAUGGUAAAAGCCUGUUCUCGCUGCUGGCUCCACUGAGUAGUGGCAAUGAUAGAGGUACGGACUUUUCAGCUACUCAAGGAACAGAUUGGGAAGAAGUAAGAUUGAGACGAGAAUUGACUGAUUUAGAAAACUUGCUUGAAAAAAUACAAAAUAGAUCAGAUAAGGACAAAAAAGACGACGAAGAGCAGAGAAUGGUAAAGUACGAAUUUGAACAAUUGUUGAAAUAUAAACAAGAACAGUAUGAUCGACAACAAAGAGAAAGAGAAGUGGAAGGUUCAGGUGGUUCGGGCUUAAAACAGGUUGAAAGUGAUAUAUCGGACCUCGAGACGCAAGCGAAAUCAUUAGAAGAAUAUUUGGAGACGCGAAAACAAGAACUUUCAAGACUAAACCAAGAAAUAGCUUCUUUGAGAUGA